GCAGCAGGGGUGUGGUUAACGACCGAGAGGAGGAGGGGGGAAACAACCUGUCAGCCUCUUACACCGCCUCAGCCGGCUCGGGCAGAGCCUUGCUUCCUACCUGCAGCGGCUGCACUUACCUGGCCCAGCCCGGAGUCCUGGCCGGAGUCCGCGCCUCGCCCGAGGGACUGCGAUGUACCGGUUCUAGCUGCUGUCUGAGAGGAUGUCCGGGGUGUCUGAACCCCUGAGCCGAGUAAAAGUGGGCACUUUACGCCGGCCCGAGGGCCCCCCAGAGCCCAUGGUGGUGGUGCCAGUAGACGUGGAGAAGGAAGACGUGCGCAUCCUCAAGGUCUGUUUCUACGGCAACAGCUUCAACCCGGGGAAGAACUUCAAGCUGGUCAAAUGCACAGUGCAGACGGAGAUCCAGGAGAUCAUCACCUCCAUCCUGCUGAGUGGGCGAAUAGGGCCCAACAUCCAGCUGGCUGAAUGCUAUGGGCUGAGGCUGAAGCACAUGAAAUCAGAUGAGAUCCACUGGCUGCACCCACAGAUGACAGUGGGCGAAGUGCAGGACAAGUACGAAUGUCUACACGUGGAAGCUGAGUGGAGGUAUGACCUCCAAAUCCGCUACCUGCCUGAAGACUUCAUGGAGAGCCUGAAAGAGGACAGGACCACACUGCUCUACUUUUACCAACAGCUCCGAAAUGACUACAUGCAACGCUAUGCCAGCAAGGUCAGCGAAGGCAUGGCUCUGCAGCUGGGAUGUCUGGAACUCAGGAGAUUCUUCAAGGACAUGCCCCACAAUGCACUGGACAAAAAGUCCAACUUUGAACUCCUGGAAAAAGAAGUGGGUCUGGACCUGUUUUUCCCAAAGCAGAUGCAAGAAAACUUGAAGCCUAAGCACUUCCGGAAGAUGAUCCAGCAGACGUUCCAGCAGUAUGCAUCACUCCGAGAGGAAGAGUGCGUCAUGAAGUUCUUCAAUACCCUGGCGGGCUUUGCCAACAUCGACCAGGAGACCUAUCGCUGCGAACUCAUUCAAGGAUGGAACAUUACUGUGGACCUGGUCAUUGGCCCUAAAGGCAUCCGCCAGCUGACAAGUCAGGAUACAAAGCCCACCUGUCUGGCCGAGUUCAAACAGAUCAAGUCCAUCAGGUGCCUCCCACUAGAAGAGGGCCAGGCAGUCCUGCAGCUGGGCAUCGAGGGUGCCCCCCAGUCCUUGUCCAUCAAAACCUCAUCCCUGGCAGAGGCUGAGAACAUGGCUGACCUCAUAGAUGGCUACUGCAGGCUGCAAGGAGAACAAAAAGGCUCUCUCAUCAUGAAUGCCAAGAAAGAUGGCGAGAGGAGGAACAGCCUGCCCCACAUCCCCACACUAAACCUGGAAGCUCGGCGCUCCCACUUCUCAGAGAGCUGCAGCAUAGAGUCAGACAUCUAUGCAGAGAUUCCAGAUGAGACACUGCGAAGGCCAGGAGGUCCACAGUAUGGCGUUGCCCGUGAAGAUGUAGUUCUUAAUCGCAUCCUUGGGGAAGGCUUCUUUGGGGAGGUCUACGAAGGUGUCUACACUAAUCAUAAAGGGGAAAAGGUCAAUGUGGCCGUCAAGACCUGCAAGAAAGACUGUACCCUGGAUAACAAGGAGAAGUUCAUGAGCGAGGCAGUGAUCAUGAAGAAUCUUGACCACCCCCACAUCGUGAAGCUGAUUGGCAUCAUUGAAGAGGAGCCCACAUGGAUCAUCAUGGAACUGUACCCUUAUGGGGAGCUGGGCCACUACCUGGAGCGAAAUAAGAACUCUCUGAAGGUACCCACUCUGGUCCUGUACUCUCUGCAGAUAUGCAAAGCCAUGGCCUAUCUGGAGAGCAUCAGCUGUGUACACAGGGAUAUUGCUGUCCGGAACAUUCUAGUGGCCUCUCCCGAGUGUGUGAAGCUAGGAGACUUUGGGCUCUCCCGGUACAUUGAGGAUGAAGACUAUUACAAAGCCUCCGUGACUCGUCUUCCCAUCAAAUGGAUGUCCCCGGAGUCCAUCAACUUCCGGCGCUUCACGACUGCCAGUGACGUCUGGAUGUUUGCUGUGUGCAUGUGGGAGAUCCUCAGCUUUGGGAAGCAGCCUUUCUUCUGGCUUGAAAACAAGGAUGUCAUCGGGGUGCUAGAGAAAGGGGACAGGCUGCCCAAGCCCGACCUCUGUCCACCUGUCCUUUACACCCUCAUGACUCGCUGCUGGGACUAUGACCCCAGUGACCGGCCCCGCUUCACGGAGCUUGUGUGCAGUCUCAGUGACAUCUAUCAGAUGGAAAAGGACAUCGCCGUAGAGCAGGAAAGGAAUGCUCGCUACCGACCCCCCAAAAUCCUGGAACCCACUGCUUUUCAAGAACCCCCACCCAAGCCCAGCCGGCCGAAGUACAGGCCCCCUCCACAGACCAACCUGCUGGCUCCUAAGCUGCAGUACCAGGUCCCUGAGGGUCUGUGUGCCAGCUCUCCUACGCUUACCAGCCCUAUGGAGUACCCAUCUCCUGUUAACUCGCUGCACACCCCACCUCUCCACCGGCACAAUGUCUUCAAGCGCCACAGCAUGCGGGAGGAGGACUUCAUCCGGCCCAGUAGCCGAGAAGAGGCCCAACAGCUCUGGGAGGCAGAGAAGACCAAGAUAAGGCAGGUCCUGGACAGACAGCAGAAGCAGAUGGUGGAAGAUUCCCAGUGGCUGAGGCGUGAGGAGAGAAGCUUGGACCCUAUGGUUUAUAUGAAUGACAAGUCUCCACUGACCCCAGAGAAGGAGGCUGGCUACACGGAGUUCACAGGGCCCCCACAGAAGCCACCACGACUCGGCGCUCAGUCCAUUCAACCCACAGCCAACCUGGACAGGACCGAUGACCCCGUGUACCACAAUGUCAUGACCCUGGUGGAGGCCGUGCUGGAACUCAAGAACAGGCUCGGCCAGCUGCCCCCUGAGGAUUAUGUGGUAGUGGUGAAGAAUGUGGGCCUGAACCUGCGGAAGCUCAUCGGGAGUGUGGACGACCUCCUGCCUUCCUUGCCAUCAUCUUCUAGGACAGAGAUUGAAGGGACCCAGAAACUGCUCAACAAAGACCUGGCAGAGCUCAUCAACAAGAUGAGGUUGGCUCAGCAGAACGCUGUGACGUCCCUGAGUGAGGACUGCAAGAGGCAGAUGCUCACAGCAUCCCACACCCUGGCCGUGGAUGCCAAAAACCUGCUGGAUGCCGUGGACCAAGCCAAGGUUCUAGCUAACCUGGCCCACCCGCCUGCAGAGUGAUGGAGGGAGGGGCCACCUGCCUGCAUCUUCUGCCCCCACCUGUCAUGGCGUACCUUUCCUGCCUUGCCUUUGGUUAUUGGUCUUCUAGGGAAGGCUGAGCAGAGUCCUCCCCUCACCACUUUGCACGAUGCCCCCUUCCCCAACCCAUCC